AUAUCCACAGCAGUGCUUAUUUCGACCACGUUUCAUCUCGUCAUCUCUUUCGCAGCCAUUUUCUCCAUAUCAAUCGUUAUCCUUCUGACAUUUGCGAUCGUUUUAUGGUGUGGUAAGUUUUUAAAAAACAAUCGAAUAAUUUCAGGCUGGUCGAUAAAUGUUGUCGAAGCAACGUUAAUUGUGCUAACAAUUGGUCUCAGUUUCGAUUACUCACUACACGUGGCCGUUUCGUUCAAACUGAGCAAACGUCACGAUUUCAAGAGUGUUUCAUCAACAGUUGGUGUGCCGGUACUGCUGGCCGCAGUUUCGUCGUUCUUGGCCGGUUUCGCAAUGAUUUUCGCACAGACCCAACCAUUCUUUGAGAUCGGCUUCUUUUUAAUGAUUAUGACUUCGUUGAGUGUUGUCAUCGCUUUAUUGGUGUUACCAUCCAUACUCACUAUUGCAUUUCAACCGUUCCUCACAAGAAUCACACCACUUUAG